UAUCAAUUUUAUAUUUUUGAAAAGAAUUUCAUUAUCAAAUUAAGACAACAAGGUUUCAUUUUGGUUAAAAAGAUGGUCAAAGUAAACACCAAAAAACUCCUAAAAAUCUAAAAUACAACAAGGUUUUUGAUUGUUGUGUAUAUGUGAGAAAGAAAGAUGAGAAGAAGAUGGUCCUUUUAUAUGGAUUUGUUGCCAAUUGCGGUGAUUAUAGGCAAUGAAUCAAGUGACAUGGGUUUACUCACUUUGUACAAAGCAGCUACCCUUCAAGGGAUGAACAAUCAUGUCUUUGUUGCCUAUGCUUAUGCUGUUGGUACUUUUGUACUCUUUCCUCUCACUCUUUUCAGCAGGAAAAGAUCAAGAGUGGUUCCUCCGCUUAGUUUCUCAAUUAUUUGCAAAAUUGUGCUUCUUGGGGCCAUAGGAUGUUCAACUCAGAUUCUAGUGUAUAUUGGCAUUGAUUACAGUUCACCAACAUUUGCUUCGGCAAUUGGUAAUCUGGUACCUGCUUUCACUUUCAUGCUAGCUGUUACUUUCAGGAUGGAAAAGUUAGCUCCAAAGAGUAGAAGUAGUAAUGCUAAGGUAAUUGGAAGCAUAAUAUCAAUAGCAGGUGCUUUUGUGUUGACUUUCUACAAAGGACCAUCCAUUAUGAAUUCCUAUACUCAUCUUUCCUCACCACUUCACGAAACAAUUGGCUUUCUCAAGUCAGAGGAUUCAAGUUGGGCUAUUGCUGGCAUUCUGCUCACAGCUGCUUAUUUUCUAGCUUCAUUAUGGUACAUUUUACAGCAGGUGCAUAUCUUGAAAGUGUUUCCGGAUGAAUUAACUUUAGUCUUGUUUUACUCUAUAACUGCCACCAUCAUAUCUACAACAGUAGCUUUGUUAGCAGUUCCAAAUGCAAGUGCUUGGAAAAUAGGACUAAAUCUCUCGCUCAUCUCUAUUGUUUCUUCUGGCAUUAUGGGAAAAUUAAUAAGUAAUUUAGUUUAUGCGUGGUCAUUGCGAUUAAAGGGGCCUGUCUAUGUAACUUCAUUCAAGCCACUCCAAAUUGUUAUUUCUGUUGCAUUGGGUGUUAUGUUCCUUGGUGAUACCCUUCAUGUUGGAAGUAUAAUUGGGGCUAUAAUAAUCUCAAUUGGUCUUUAUGGUGUAAUGUGGGGAAAAGUAACAGAACAGAUAGAGGAAGUUGUUGGUGGCCUAGAUUCACCAUCUACAGAGAACUUACCUUUAUUGCAAAGCUGGAGAACUGAAACUUUUGAAAAUAAAACAAAUAUAAAUGUUUAAAAACAUUGAUAUAAAAUCGAAAUUCAAUUAUGAACAUGUCGAAUCAUGAAUCGAAAUCUUGUAAUCAAUUGCAGGAUAUAUGUUCAAUAAAAAUGAUAUUUCAAUUUGAUUGUA